AUGAAGAGAAACAACCACAACAAACCAGCAACUCCCACUUCAAAAACAGAGCAACCGAAAGCUGUACCCUCUCCGAACACAACAACCAGCUCAGAUGAUAAACCUCGAAAGCAACUCUCUUCUUCCAUUUCUUCCCUUCGGUUUAUGAAUCGAAACAAACCGCAAACACCUGCAUCAGUUUUACAGGCUGCAGUCUCUCGGAAAAGCAAUUUUACAUCAUCGACGAAUAUUGCAAAUUCAUCAUCAAAUACUUCGCUCACAUUUAAAUCAACAACAUCUCGGGUUGUUAUUCCCUCUUCUCACAAAAACGAGUACAGCAACACUCCUUCAUCGGAACAUCCAUCCAAUGAGGCUGUCCACACCCAACAUUUAAAUCCAAUAACACGAGACCAUCUGAGUGAGCAAUGGAGUUACAUAAACGAGGGAAAACUAGAUCAAGUGAUUCAACAAUCGUUAUCGUUUUCUGGAAAUAAUCAAGAACAAAUUGUAGAAAGUCUAGGAUCGAGCAACAAUAUUGAACAAGAUUGUGAUUCAAUUUACGCCAUGAGUUUUUAUGGAAUAGAUUCAUCAUCAUCUUCAACAACAAUGUUAUAUACUGAAAAUGAUCACACCAUGAACAACAAUUCAGAGUCUUUGGCAUCAUCGGGACGACUUCGUUUUGGUACAUUUAAGCAGCAACAAAAACAAGAAGAAGAGGAAGAAGAUGAAAAAACCAAUCCACUCAAACGCAAAAAAGACAAUAUUACUUUACCUAUUGGAUGGCAACAACAGCAACAAUCAUUCACAAAAUCGUCUUCAAAAGGUUUCAACAAGAAAACAAAACAUUCGCACAAACCUCAACGCAAAAAGCCUUGA